UUUAAAUUGUUACAGGUUGUUAGGUUAUGGCUAAACGAAAUUCGUUAUACAAUAGGCCGCGCGACGAAGACACCGACCAAUCCGACGAUGAAUUCCAACCUCUAUACGAUGACGCCGACGAAUUGGACCAAAGAACAGCUCAAGAAACGAAAGGAUGGAAUCUCUUCCGCGAUAUUCCAGUCAAGAAGGAGAGCGGGUCUAUGGCAUCAAAUGCAUGGAUUGAUUAUAGUGUGAAGCUCCUUAAACUUCUAGCAUACAUUAUCGUUUUUGCAGUGGUAUUGGGAUCUGCGGUAAUCGCUAAGGGAUCGCUACUUUUUGUUAGUUCACAAUUAAAAAAAGGUCGCCAAAUAAGCCAUUGUAAUAAAGCAUUAGCUUUGGAUCAACAAUUUAUAACGAUUCUAUCAUUGGAUGAACGGAUAACCUGGUUGUGGGCGAUGCUUAUGAUUUUCGCUGCGCCAGAGAUCGGAUUGUUUCUUCGAAGCGUAAGAAUAUGGUUUUUCAAAACAGCAAAGAAGCCAACUCUUGGACCGUUUCUUGUAGCAUUUGCGAUCGAAACUCUGCAAACGAUUGGAUUGGCAGUGUUAAUGCUGAUUAUAUUACCAGAAAUGGACGUGAUUAAAGGAGUUAUGUUGAUGAACGCUAUGUGCAUAGUUCCCGGCAUAUUGAACGCGAUUACACGGGAUAAAAACGAUUCUCGGUAUAUCAUAAUGAUAGUGGUAGAUGUUUUGGCUGUCUCUGCUCAAGCUACUGCAUUUGUUGUAUGGCCACUUCUAGAUGGAAAGCCCGCGCUAUGGUGCAUUCCAGUCGCCUGCUUACUUAUAUCUCUAGGCUGGUGGGAAACCUUCAUUGGAUACAUCGGAAGACAUACUUCACUAUCCCUUUCAUACCUGUGCGAAAUUCGAGACAACAUCAAAAAAACUCGUUAUGCUACUCAAAUGGUGCUAACGAUUUGGAAAAUCCUAGUUUUUAUGUCGUGCAUUUUGAUUUCUCUAAGUAUUCAAGGUGACGACCCUUUCACUUUCUUCACCCACGCAAAAGAAGCCUUUGAGGAACGAUAUUAUAGAGUACAUGAAGUUCAAGUAAUACUUCAAGAUGUAUAUCAAGGUGCGUUGGACUACGCGAAAACUGGGGGUACUUUUGCAUUACCAGCAGAACCACUAACUGCUAUUUGGGUUGCUCUCAUUCAAGUCGGUUCAGCUUACAUUUGCUACGCAUCGGGAAAACUCGCCUGCAAGAUACUUAUUCAGUGCUUUAGUUUCACUUUCGCUCUUAGUCUCGUUGGACCAAUGGCUGUAAAUAUACUUAUCGCCUUGUGUGGAUUGAGAAAUUCGAAUCCGUGCGCUUUUCGUUCAACGAUUCCAGAUUACUUGUUCUUUGAAAUACCACCAGUGUACUUCCUAAAGGAUUACAUCGGACGCGAGAUGACAUGGAUUUGGUUGCUUUGGCUAUUGUCUCAGUCUUGGAUCACGAUACACAACUGGAUGCCCAGAUGUGAGAGACUUGCCUCAACAGACAAACUUUUCUCAAAGCCUUGGUACAUUGGCCCUCUUGUAGACCAAUCUCUGUUGCUGAACAGGGCCAAAGAUGAUGAAAACGAUGUAUUAGUUGAUGAUAUUCAAGACGUUGCUUACUCGGAUAGAAUGUCAAAUAUUAGUUCAGAACUCAUAAUAAAGGAUAUUAAACCAUCGGAUUGUCUAACAAGGAUUUAUAUCUGUGCUACUAUGUGGCAUGAAACAAAGGAAGAAAUGAUUGAGUUCUUAAAGUCUAUCUUUCGGCUGGACGAAGACCAGAGUGCUCGAAGAGUUGCUCAGAAAUAUUUGGGUAUUGUGGACCCCGAUUAUUAUGAACUAGAGGCUCAUAUCUUUUUGGACGACGCGUUCGAAGUAUCUGACCAUAGCGCAGAGGAUUCUCAAAUCAACCGAUUCGUAAAAUGUCUAAUAGACUCGAUAGAUGAGGCAGCGUCCGAGGUACAUCUCACUAAUGUAAGGUUGCGACCUCCAAAGAAAUUUCCCACACCGUACGGAGGAAGAUUAGUUUGGACUCUACCAGGAAAGAACAAAAUGAUCUGUCAUUUGAAAGACAAAUCGAAAAUUCGGCACAAAAAGAGAUGGUCACAGGUGAUGUACAUGUACUACUUCCUCGGCCAUCGUCUAAUGGAUCUGCCUCUGUCAGUAGACCGAAAGGAAGCCAUAGCUGAGAAUACGUAUUUACUCGCUCUCGACGGAGACAUUGAUUUCAAACCCUCUGCUGUUACCCUGCUUAUUGAUUUGAUGAAAAAAGAUACGAACCUCGGAGCCGCCUGUAGUCGAAUUCAUCCUGUGGGCACGGGUUUCAUGUCGUGGUAUCAAAUGUUCGAGUACGCUGUCGGUCAUUGGCUGCAAAAGGCGACUGAGCACGUGUUCGGAUGCGUACUUUGUAGUCCUGGAUGUUUCUCUCUCUUCAGAGGAAAAGCUCUUAUGGACGACAACGUUAUGAAGAAAUACACAUUGACAUCUAACGAAGCUCGACAUUACGUGCAAUACGAUCAGGGAGAAGAUCGUUGGCUGUGUACGCUACUACUGCAGCGUGGCUACCGGGUAGAGUACUCUGCCGCUGCCGAUGCCUACACACACUGUCCUGAAAGUUUCAACGAAUUCUUCAACCAGCGCCGACGCUGGGUCCCCUCAACUCUUGCGAACAUCUUCGAUCUCCUGGCUGACUCCAAGCGGACCGUUCGCGUCAAUGACAAUAUCUCUUCCAUCUAUAUCGCCUAUCAGGUAAUGUUAAUAAUCGGUACUGUGUUGGGGCCCGGAACGAUAUUCCUUAUGAUGAUUGGUGCCAUUAACGCUUUAACAGGAAUGAGCAAUAUAAACGCUCUGUUGCUCAACCUUGUCCCUCUGUUUAUAUUCCUCGUAGUGUGCAUGACUUGCAAAUCCGAAAUUCAGCUUAAACUGGCAAAUAUAAUAUCUUGCGUAUACGCCAUGGUGAUGCUGAUGGUAAUCGUGGGUAUUGUACUUCAAAUUAUAGAAGAUGGUUGGCUGGCUCCUACUAGCAUGUUCUUUGUUGCGAGUAUUGGUAUAUUCUUCGUUGCUGGAAUUCUACAUCCCCAAGAGAUCAUCUGUCUACCGUAUUUACUUAUUUACUACAUAAGCAUACCCAGUAUGUACAUGUUGCUCAUUAUAUACUCUUUCUGUAACCUCAAUAACGUCUCGUGGGGGACUCGAGAAGUUGCGCAGAAGAAGACCCUAAAGGAAAUGGAAAUAGAGAAAAAGGCAAUGGAGGAGGCUAAGAAGAAAAUGGAUAACAAGAGUAUUUUGAGUUUCUUCGGUAAGGGAGAUGAGAAGAGUGGAUCUCUGGAGCUGAAUGUAGCUGGUCUCUUCAAGUGUAUGUGCUGUACUAACCCUAAUGAUCAUCACGAAGAUUUACAACUACUGCAGAUCUCCAACACAUUAGAGAAGAUCGAUAAGAGGCUGGAUGCACUGGGUGCUCCACCAGAGGUAGAAAAGAUUGGGCGUCGUAGGUCUUCAAUGGGACUUCGAGGAGACACGUUGGCCAUGUUAGAGGAAUACGAGGACAGCGAAGUCUCCACGGAUAUACCUAGGGAGGAAAGAGACGACUUGAUCAAUCCAUACUGGGUCGAGGAUCCGAAUCUACAAAAGGGAGAGGUUGAUUUCCUAACGACAGCCGAGACUGAAUUCUGGAAGGAUCUGAUCGAUGCAUAUCUGAGACCAAUCGACGAGAACAAAGAGGAGCAGGAACGUAUAAAAGCGGACCUGAAGAACUUACGUGAUAACAUGGUGUUCGCCUUCGUGAUGUUAAACGCCAUGUUCGUGGUGAUCAUCUUCCUACUUCAGCUGCGUCAAGAUCAACUGCAUCUCAGGUGGCCCUUCGGACAGCAGAAUACGAUCGUCUACGACGAUGAGACCAAUGUUAUAAGGAUUGAGCGAGAUUUUUUGAUGCUGGAGCCGAUUGGAUCGAUUCUGAUCAUUUUCUUCGGUUCGGUGCUAAUCAUCCAGUUCUUCGGAAUGUUGUUUCAUAGACUGGGGACCCUCAUGCACUUGUUGGCUACCGUUGAACUCAAUUGGUACUUCACUAAAAAUCCAAAAGAAAUGACCGAAGAUGCACAAUUUGAGAAACGAGCCGUGGAUAUCGCUAGAGAUCUACAGAAAUUAAACGUUGACGACUUAGAGAAGCGAGGAGUCGACGAUACAGAUGUAUCGAGACGUAAAACUCUCCACAAUCUCGAACGAGCCAAAGAUAUCAAGCAAAGUCCUAUCAACUUAGAUGCAAACUUCAAAAGGAGACUGACGAUUCUCCAAAACGCCGAUCCAAGCGUGGCGUCCCGCCUGCCGUCCCUGGGCGGGUCGGACGCAGCGCGCCGCGCCACGCUGCGAGCGCUGAUGACGCGGCGCGACUCCGUCCUUCACGGGCGCCGCUCGCAAGCCUCCUACAUCUACGACGAGCCCGUCACUGCCUUGGACGACAUUGCGGGUCGCUCAUCGAUGUCGUACGUGAACAAAGGCUACGAACCGGCGCUAGACAGCGAUGACGAGAUGCCCGCUCGCCGCAGUACUGUACGUUUCCGAGAUCCACGCAAAUAGCCUCACACGCCGCCUCUACUGUAGACUACUAGAUGCGGUUGCGCGACAAUCUUUGUUCGAGUAACACGUCUUCAUAUCGUCUUUAAAAUAAAAUUUUAAAAUUUA